CGCGGCACGUGACGGUCGGGCAGCCUCCGCUGCUGUCUCCACUGCAGCGCGGGGCCGGGCGUGCGGGCGGGUGGAGGCGCGGGCCGCGCACGACUCGAGAUCAUGGAAGGGAAAUGGCUGCUGUGUAUGUUACUGGUCCUUGGAACUACUAUUGUUCAGGCUCAUGAAGGACAUGAUGAUGAUAUGAUUGAUAUUGAGGACGACCUCGAUGAUGUUAUUGAAGAGGUAGAAGACUCCAAAUCAAAACCAGAUACCAGCGCUCCUACAUCUCCAAAGGUCACCUAUAAAGCUCCAGUUCCAACAGGGGAAGUGUAUUUUGCUGAUUCCUUUGACAGAGGAACUCUGUCAGGGUGGAUUUUAUCAAAAGCCAAGAAGGAUGACACUGAUGAUGAAAUUGCCAAAUAUGACGGAAAGUGGGAGGUAGAUGAAAUGAAGGAAACAAAGCUCCCAGGUGAUAAAGGGCUUGUGUUGAUGUCUCGGGCCAAGCAUCAUGCCAUCUCUGCAAAACUCAACAAGCCCUUCCUGUUUGAUACCAAGCCUCUCAUUGUUCAGUAUGAGGUUAAUUUCCAAAAUGGAAUAGAAUGUGGUGGUGCCUAUGUGAAACUGCUUUCCAAAACCCCCGAACUCAACCUGGAUCAGUUCCACGACAAGACCCCUUAUACGAUUAUGUUUGGUCCAGAUAAAUGUGGAGAAGACUAUAAACUGCACUUCAUCUUCCGCCACAAAAACCCCAAAACAGGCGUAUAUGAAGAAAAGCAUGCUAAGAGGCCAGAUGCAGAUCUGAAGACCUAUUUUACUGACAAGAAAACACAUCUUUAUACAUUAAUCUUGAAUCCAGAUAAUAGUUUUGAAAUACUAGUGGACCAAUCUAUUGUGAAUAGUGGAAAUUUACUAAAUGACAUGACUCCUCCUGUAAAUCCUUCACGUGAAAUUGAGGACCCAGAAGACCAGAAGCCUGAAGAUUGGGAUGAAAGACCAAAAAUACCAGAUCCUGAUGCUGUCAAACCAGAUGACUGGGAUGAAGAUGCCCCUGCUAAGAUUCCAGAUGAAGAAGCUACGAAGCCUGAUGGCUGGUUAGAUGAUGAACCCGAAUAUGUACCUGAUCCAGAUGCAGAGAAGCCAGAGGAUUGGGAUGAAGAUAUGGAUGGAGAAUGGGAGGCUCCUCAGAUCGCCAACCCUAAGUGUGAGUCGGCCCCUGGGUGUGGUGUCUGGCAGCGACCUAUGAUUGACAACCCUAAUUAUAAGGGCAAAUGGAAGCCUCCCAUGAUUGACAAUCCUAACUACCAGGGAAUCUGGAAACCCCGGAAGAUACCAAAUCCGGAUUUCUUUGAAGAUCUGGAACCUUUCAAAAUGACUCCUUUUAGCGCUAUUGGUUUGGAACUGUGGUCUAUGACCUCAGACAUUUUUUUUGACAACUUUAUUGUUUGUGGGGAUCGAAGAGUAGUUGAUGAUUGGGCCAAUGAUGGAUGGGGUCUGAAGAAAGCAGCUGAUGGGGCUGCCGAGCCAGGUGUGGUGGGGCAGAUGAUUGAGGCAGCUGAGGAGCGCCCGUGGCUCUGGGUGGUCUACGUUUUGACCGUAGCUCUGCCCGUGUUUCUUGUUAUCCUCUUCUGCUGCUCUGGAAAGAAACAGUCAAGUCCUGUGGAGUAUAAGAAGACAGACGCUCCUCAGCCAGAUGUGAAGGAGGAGGAAGAAGAAAAGGAAGAGGAAAAGGACAAGGGCGAUGAGGAGGAGGAGGGCGAAGAAAAACUUGAAGAGAAGCAAAAAAGUGAUGCUGAAGAAGAUGGCGGCACUGCCAGUCAAGAGGAGGACGAUAGGAAACCUAAGGCAGAGGAGGAUGAAAUUUUGAACAGAUCACCAAGAAACAGAAAGCCACGAAGAGAGUGAAACAAUUUUAAGAACUUGAUCUGUGAUUUCCUCUCCCUCCUCCCCUUCCCCUGCAAGCAUGGUCCUGGGAGAGGACCUGGCACACCUUAGGUUGAACUCAGAAAACCUCCAGACAUCACCAUCAACAGGUUCCAGUCGAACACUAGCCCGUGUAAUUUUAAACAUCUAAGCAGUAAAUAAUUGCUGUUGUGAAAUAAAGGACCCUGUUUCUGUAGAAAGAAGGCAUAUAACAUUAAUAGUUGUGAAAUGUAACAUGAAGCAACUAACUUGUAUUUUUUGUUUUGUUUUGUUUUUAAACAUCUUUGUUUUUUAAAAUAGAGUGAUAGAACUUUGCCAGUCUUUAAAAUCUUGGCUUAAUUUAAUAUAUUAAUCUGUCCAUGCAGAAAUAACACCAACCUUUAGAAAUGUUUGGGGGAUGAAUUGCAGUUUCUAUAACCAAAUUUUUAAGUUUGGUAUUAUGAAACAUUCAAGUGUUCUCUGUCCCUUAAAAUUGAUAAUCAUUGUUUAAAGUGCAGUCAUUUGUGGUUAUAGUCUUGUUUUGCUUGCUUCCAUCACCCAGUUCCUCCUAAGAAAACUGAGGAGAUGGACUGGAUGGAAGCCCAAAUUAUAAAAGGUUCUGUUUCAGUUAUAUUAAAAAUAGAUAUACAGAAAGAAGAAACUUUUCCUCUUGGUGUUGGUUAGACCAUACAGUGCGUGUGUUCUGUUGCCCUUGGUAGCAGCUCUGUUCCCAGACGGCUCUGCAGUCCGUUGAGGAGGUGGUAUGAUGUGGCAUUCGGGCAGUCAUGCUUCCACAACUGGGAGUGUCUGGGCUCCAGCCUUCCGGAGCAGGUGGCUGUUUGAGGAAUGCUCCCAGGGCAUGGGAGCUCCCAAGCAGACGCAGAUGUUUUCAUCACUUCCUCCACUGUGUUGACACUGUCUCCUUCCCAGUUGUCCCAGAUCCCCAGCUUUCUCCUCUGCUAUGCAUUUUCUUCACAGCGCAGCUUGCAGUCCGUCACUGAAAAUGAUUAUAAGCUCCGCAUAGUGUUAAGCUUUAUUGUGAUUAAGUGUAUGUUUCUUCCUUCUUUAAGCAGACCCACACCUUUCCAGGGUCAAAGUACAGGAUAAGAUACUGUCUUUCAUUUUUAUCCAUUUCUUUUGCUCUGUGUCAAGACUUGAAAAGUCUCAGCCAGAGGUGAGCCAAUUCAGAAUCUGUAAUUGAACACAGGCUUAAAGUAUUUAUGGGAGGAGUGGCAUAACAGCAUGAAUUCUGAAUUUUUUUUUUUUUUUAGCUGCUAAACUUUUUAAGUCUUCAUUUGCAGUUCAUGUAACAUUUGUGUCUUAAAUUACAUGAUAAAGCAGUCCUGUUAAAAAAUUCUGGGGGGGUAUGUGGCUUGUAGAAUUCUUUUAAGAUGUGAUCUUAGAUUUUUUUUUUCAUGUGGAAU